AUGAAUUUGGCUGUUGAUGUCAAAAACAACAAUGCACUUAUUUGGGCUAUAGAUCUUCGACAAACUGAUAUUUUCACUGCUGUUGACUCUAGUACUUCUGAUAAGAAGAAAGAGAUCCCUACUGCUCCCAAAGACAACCAGACUACCGACUUAUCUAAGAAAAGAAUUAUUGCCUUUGGUGAUGCUAAAUUUGGUAGCUCUAUGAAAGAAAAACUUCCUGCUCCUACUAGAAGGAUAAUGGAUGCAAUUAAGAAAAUAUCUAAAGAAUUGAAAAAAAAAACACUUUUAUCUAUUCAAACAUGUAACCAUUGCAAAAAUCGAAACUUAACUAAUAUUACUACAACCAAAUCGAAGCGUACUUGGGUGAAUCACGCUGUACUCAAGUGUAACUCUUGCAGUACG